UGGUUGUGAGCCACCAUGUGGUUGCUGGGAAUUGAACUCAGGACCUUUGGAAGAGCAGGCAGUGCUCUUAACCACUGAGCCAUCUCUCCAGCCCCUAGUUAGUGAUUCUUAAAUAUUAUAAAAACAUUCACACCAGAGCAAACUCGUAGUAAAUCUUUGAAAGGACUGUUGUGCUGGAGACAGGGCCCGGGGGUUGAGAGUGGAUACUGUUCUUCUAGAGGAGCUGAGUUCCCAGCACCUGUGCUGGACACUAUCACUGCCUGUAACUCCUGCUCCAGGGACUCUGACACUUGCUGGCCUCCGAAGGCACUUUUUAAAAAGGCUCCUGUACUAAGUGGUCCCUUUUUUUGUCCCCCUUUCUUUGGAAACAGAUCUGAAGAGAUUCGCUGUCCGCGGAGCAUAGCUGCCCUCGGCCUGUGCACUACUUGUUUGGCAAUGCUCAGGAGAUUGACUGUUUCACAGGUGCUCUUUGCUGUUGCCCUUGGAAUUGCUGGAGGAAUGUAUAUUUAUCAGCCAAUAUUUGAACAAUAUUCCAGAAACCAGAAGGAAUUAGAAGAAAAGCUGCAAGGGUUUCAAGCAGCAGAAGAAAAGAAGAGCUAAUUCCGUGUCCAGUGAAUUUGUAGGCACUGCUCGCCAUUCUACUGAAAUUACACAUGGACCUAGUAAAAAUUUAGGUACAUUUUAAUAAAUAAAUCAUGGGUAAAGGA